CAGAGCUAGCUUGCUGUUCUGGUGUGUGAGGAGAAUAUUUGAGGCUCUGCAGUAAAAAUGUCUUCACUUUAGUCUCUGGGAGAGUUGAUCAGCUAAAGCGACUAACUGCUGCUGCAGCAGAAAUCUUCUCACCAGGCUCUGGAAACUUUCUUCUCAACAACUUGGUGAGUUCUUUCCAGAACCAGAGAAGAUAUUCUGCGGUCUUCGUGACAAUCGGAGCUCCAGAAUCAGGUUGUGGCUGUUAGCUAAACACGGCUAAAGAAAACCUGCUACCACUUCAGGAUCAUCCAUCAGCUGGGACUGCUUCAUCGUGUGUUCUUCACCACCUGGACCUGGACAGCAUGGACACAGCUUUUCAACAGGUGGUGCUGGUUAAAGAAGAAGCUCUAGAAGAACAUAGCGCUGGUGUCAACCAGCAGGACUUAGAUUUUCUCCACAUAAAGGAGGAACAGGAGAAACUCUGGCCCAGUAUGGAAGGGGCGCAUCUCCAUUUGAAGGAGACUGAUGCUGCCAGGUUUCCAUUCACUGUUGCUUCUAUAAAGAGUGAGGAUGAUGAAGAGAAGCCUCUGUUCUCACAGCUUCAUCAGAAGCAAAUAGAAGACAGAGAUGUUUCAACCAGCGGCUCAGCUGACCAGACGACAGCAGAAACUGGUGGAGUAGAAACUAGCCGGAACCCAUAUCUGAACCCUCAUGAACUGACUCCUGAUUCUUCAGAGACUGACGUUGGAGAUGAUGAUGAUGCAACUCUAAACUCUGAGCUGUCAGUCUCUGGGUCUGAAACUGGAGACCGAGACAAUGACUGGAAUGAGAACAGGUGUUCUGAGUCAGAUUUUAGGUCUGUCAACAAAUCUUUUCGUCAUAGGACACUUUUAAACAGUCACAUGAGAGUCCACACAGGAGAGAAGCCUUUUGCUUGUGAGCUCUGUGGACAAAGAUUUAGCCUAAAGGGUAAUUUAAAGACACACAUGAGAGUCCACACAGGACAGAAGCCUUUUGCUUGUGAGCUCUGUGGACAAAGAUUUAGUCUAAAGGGUAGUUUAAACACACACAUGAGAGUCCACACAGGACAGAAGCCUUUCACCUGUAAGUUCUGUGGAAAUAGAUUUAGCAAAAAGACAAAUUUAAACAGACACAUGAGAGUCCACACAGGAGAAAAGCCCUUUGCUUGUGAGCUCUGUGUGAAAGGAUUUAGCAGAAAGUCGACUUUAAUCAGACACAUGAGUGUUCACACAGGACAGAAGCCUUUCACCUGUGAGCUCUGUGUAAAAAGAUUUACCCAAAAGUCACAUUUAAACAGACACAAAAGAGUUCACAAAUGACAGAAGCCUUUUGCGUGUGAGCUCUGUGGACGAAGAUUUUGCCGAAAGAAAACUUUUAAACAAUAAUCUAAGCAUCCACUAAGGCUGAAUGAUCUAUUGCAGGGGUCUCUAACAUUUAUUGGCCCGUGAGCUACUUUUACACAAUGAAAGUACAGCAGAGUUACUGCCAUAUGAUUUAUUUACAUUUAUACUUUCCAUGUGUGAAUGUGCUUUUGUUAAACAUGCUAUACUUACUAUAUUAACAUGCAUUGUACUAACAAGUUGAUUUCUCUGUAUUUGAGUACAUACAUUUUUUUAGUAUAAAUAAACAAGUGACAUUCUGAAAACCAAAUUAAACAAAACAUAUUUAGUUUUUUAAACUAAUCAAAUACUUCCAGAUAAUGAAUAACAAAUCUACUUCAUGUGAAUGAUUUGGUAAUUUUUUUUAAAGUUGGUAACAUAAGUUGUUGAGCACACAAGAACAGCUAACCUGUAAAGCUGAUGAUAUUUUAAAUAAAAUACAAGCUAAAUGUGAUGAAAACACAAAAGUCUAAAUAGUUUGAAUUGAAAUAAAAAUGUAAAAUCAGAAAUAAGAUUUGUUCUUGCUCUCCUGAUUUAAUGAAUACAUUUUAUGGGGGUUUUUUGGUCAGGAAAGUUAAGUUUUAGUGUUUAUUGCUGACAAUAUGAAGGUUUGAGGUUUGUCCUUUUUUUCUGCAUCUUGUAGGUUUUUUUUUUCUCCACAGGUCUGAAAACUAAUUAAAAACUAAACUUUUUCAUGAUGCCUUCCAUUAACCUAUCCUUGCAUCUGUGCUCUACUAGGUCUUUAUCUGUACUGUGUUAAAUUUAUUCAAUAUGUAUUUUAUAUGUAUACCUAUUAUGUACUGUUUUAUCUUUGGUCUACAUUUUAAAGUAAAUGUACUUUAUAUGCUUUUAUUUUUGUGUACUAUGUUCUGUGUCAAUAUACUUUGAUUUGAUUUUACACAACAUGAUGUGACAUUUUAUCUAUUUCAUUUCACUCGUGAUAGUUUUAACUAUGUGAAGCACUUUGGGCUACCAUUUUGUGUAUGAAAUGGGCUAUAUAAUAAACUUGUCUUAACUUGA